AUGUCCAACGUCUUUUUCGACAUCACCAUCGAUGGCCACCCCGAAGGCCGCAUCGUCUUCAAGCUAUACGACGAUGUAGUCGCCAAAACGGCGCGAAACUUCCGCGAGCUUUCUACGGGACAGCACGGCUUUGGAUACAAGGGAUCUGCGUUCCACCGUAUCAUCCCCAGCUUCAUGCUCCAAGGCGGCGACUUCACCCGCGGCAACGGAACCGGCGGAAAGUCAAUUUACGGCGAAAAGUUUGAGGACGAGAACUUCAGACUCAAGCACACUAAGCCCGGCAUUCUCUCCAUGGCUAACGCCGGCAAGAACACCAACGGCUCUCAGUUUUUUAUCACCACUGUCGUCACCUCGUGGCUGGACAAUGCCCACGUCGUCUUCGGUGAGGUCGUCGAGGGCAUGGAUCUCGUAAAGAAGAUCGAGAGCUACGGCUCGGCCUCCGGCACACCCAAGGGCAAGAUCGUCAUCGCCGACUCUGGUGUCUGUUAA